GAGAAACUGUCAUUGGCAACAGACUGAAGAUAGCAGUCGACAACAGUCUUUUAAGAAUGGCAACUGAAGUAGAAGAUACCCUGAAGAGAAUUCAGGCACACAAGGGAGUGAUAGGCAUCAUUGUUGUCAAUGCUGAUGGAAUUCCAAUUAGAACUACACUUGAUAACUCCACAACGGUGCAAUAUGCUAAUUUACUGACACAACUGACGCAGAAAGCACGUAGUGUUGUACGAGAUAUUGACCCUCAAAAUGACCUCACAUUUUUGCGUGUCCGCUCCAAAAAACAUGAAAUCAUGGUUGCACCAGAAAAAGACUACCUAUUGAUAGCUAUACAGAACCCUCAGGAGACGUGAAUUUUUCUGCCUAUCAUGGACCCUUUAAGGAAUUGGAUAUCAGACUUUACUUUGUGGCACAUGCGUAGCCAAAGCAUUCAGAUAUUAUAUUACAGAGUCACCAAUUGUGCUAUCAUUUUUGUUUCAUAAUAAUUCUCCUUACAUAAAUGGGAUACAUGUGAUGUUUUUGUAGGAUUUAUGAAAUAUGUAUUUCAAGUCUAGUUACUGGUAUUUUCAUGCAUUGUGAUGCACUCUAAAUGCUUUCAAUUUCAACAUAACCAAUACAGAUUCUCACUUCUGAAUUUUAGUUGGCCAUUCUAUUGGUAUCAGUAUUUUGACAGGUUACAGGAAAAAAGGGACUAGUAAAAUGUCUAUUUCCUUCAGGUAUUAUAAAACCUCUGAAGUCAUUUCUAGUAUCUAUUGCUGUUUAUGUAAUGUUUGCACUUUUGUAAGUUUGAAAUUUAGUAUACAGUUUAGAAAACAAUUUUAAACAUUCCCGUAAUAAGUAAACACGAUAAUCAAUAUAACUGUGAUAUUUGUAUUAUGCAUCCACAGGUGCUUAAAUCAAUGGACACCUUUCUGCCUAAAGAUCAAACUUGACAGAUUUUACCAAUAUCUCAAUGUACAUUAUGCUAUCAAUAUCAUUCAGUUUGAUUCAAUCACCUAAAGCUGUUUAUCAUAGGAGUUACUGCAAAUAUGACAUACAUCUGGAGCUAAAUCUGCUUACAAAAGAAUAAUUUGUCUUUGAGAUCUUUAUGAAAUUCAACAAAGUAUUAUGCAGUGUUGCCUGUUACUACAGUUAUAACAUGGUACGGUAUUUGAUUGUCAGUCUGUGGCACAGCAUCUUCUGUGGCUUUUAAAUUUUAUAUUAUUUAUUGACUUGUUUAUCUCGGUAUUUCCCUUGUACCUUUUACAACAGCAUUGUAAUUCUAUAUUUAUUGUAAACAUUGCCAAUAUUCACUGUAAAAAAAGCAUAAAGUAAAAAUAAAUUGGAGUAAUAUUA